ACUGACAAUAGCGGGUCUGGGAGUGGGAGGAACAUCUCUGCUGCGAUCCUUCUUGCUUUGUUACGUCUGGGAAGCCAUUUUGGAAUUCUGCUUGUAGUGCCUGAUCAUUACGUACACACACGCACUGUCAACUUGCAAACUUUUGUGUAUGUUCACGGAUAAAUAUUAUUUUGGUAUCUGGGUUAGGAUCAUCGAACGCACCAUACCUGGAAUAGACGCCUCGACGUGCGGUGUGAAGUUAACGCAUCUUGCAAGACAGAAAUGUGUGGAUCUUUUUCAACUGGAUUACGCUCAUAAGAAUAUCAGAUGGACUCUUAUCUGACGGUCUGAUUGGAGAAUGACCAUGGAUUUCUCUCGCCUACACACAUACACUCCUCCACAGUGUGCUCCAGAGAACACAGGAUAUACCUACUCCCUCAGCUCCAGCUACUCGACUGUGGCCCUAGAGUUUGAGAAGGCGCAUCAGAUCGCUCCCGUGUUCAACUCACCAAGGAUGUCGCGGCGGAGCCUGCGUCUGCAGACCACGGGCGGUCUCUAUGGCAACGACAGACUGGCUGACUCCCAGAACCACAGCAGCGGAGGGUCCAGUCGGACAGAGUCAUGGAUGGUGAGGAGCAGAAAGCAGCAGUCUGCCUCCAGCUCCCUGUCCCUGAACCAGUCCCUGAACCUGAACCAGAACCUGUCCCUGAACCAGUCCCUGUCCCUGAACCAGUCCCAGUCCCUGAACCAGUCCCAGUCCCUGAACCAGACGCCACGCAAGACCCUCUCCUUCUCCACCACCAACACUCCCUCUACGGGCUGCACCACUGCCAGCGAUGCCUCCCUGCUGUCCUCCAUCCUGGACCAGUCCGGCCUCCGCCAGCGAUCCACCACCACUACUACCACAGACGGCUACUGGGGUUCAGAUCAGGAUACCAGUCUGAAAGGAAGGAGUGCAAGGACGGACCACAGCUCAACGGGUGCGAACGGCGGCGUCAACACUGUGUCGCACAGCCACACCAUGGUCGCCAACGGUUACAUCUGUAAAGACUGUUCCAUACACUCUGAGAGGAAAGAAGCUCUCACCACAUACUCCUCCUCUUCCUCGUCUCAGGCUGCCUUUGCUGCAGCAGCUGCCGCCACCUUCUCCUCUUCCUCGUCUCAGGCUGCCUCUGCUGCAGCAGCUGCCUCCGCCCUUUCAUCCUCUUCCUCGUCUCAGGCUGCCUCUGCUGCAGCAGCUGCUGCCGCCAUCUCAUCAUCAUCAGCCUCAUCCUCCAGUUUAUACUGCACGGUCAAGAGUCAGAGGAGCAAGACAGGUCUCCUGGUGUCAGUCUCUAACACAUGUGUCCACUACAGCAGACGAGCCCUGGCCCCUAUAGUGUCCCUGGUAACACUGCUCUUCCAGAAUGUUCUGUGGCUGGGCACUAGGGCCAGGAGCCACACAGGCAAAGGUGUCCUGGCAUCCCUCUUAGACAGGGCCAGACGGGCUGUCUCCUCCAGCGUGUCCCGUGUCUCUUGGCUCUUUAAGCAGACCACUCUCCACAGGAUGAUGGGCUACAGGGCCAACGGCUACGAAGGAAAAGCUCAUUCUAGUUACUGUGGGAGCAUGAAUGUAAAAGACCACGUGAUGGGAGACGGACGCCAACACUUUUUGAAUGGCUCGUUGUGUGACGACUGUAAAGGGAAGCAGCACCUGGAGACCAACACACUGGUCCACAGUCACACACAGACCUCCAGAACUCACCGUCUACUGGGGGGUCUGUGGACCCUUAUAGCUUACACAGGCUACUGUCUGCUCCAGCCAGGUUACUAUGUAGUGAGGGCAGGCGUGGCGCUGGGGUCAGCAGUGGGGUCAGCAGUACGGUCAGUGGCUCAGAGACUCCUGUCGGUGCUGUGGCUAUUCCUGGGAGCUCCAGGUAAAGCAGCCAGACGGUUGUUGUGGUGUCUGGGGACAGGCUGGUACCAGCUGGUGUCUCUCAUGUCUCUGUUCAACGUCUUCUUCCUGACCCGGUGCCUGCCCAGAAUGUGGAAGCUCCUCCUCUUCCUCCUUCCCCUCCUGCUACUUCUGUGGUUGUGGUUCUGGGUUCCGUCCAGUUUCCUCUCCUACCUUCCAGCCAUAAACCUGACAGAGUGGCGCUCCAAGGUGGUGUCCCCCUUCACACUCUCAUCGUUUAUCCUGACCCCUGCCCUUGUUCUCACCCCCGCCACACCACUGGAGCAGACCCCCCCAGCACCCCCCGGCCGACAGGCACAGCCAGUCCUUCCCCCCAUAGUCACCGUGGACACAGAGAGCCUGGAGCGUCUGGAGCGGGUGGAGCAUGGUCUGACCCUGCUGUGGGAGCGGGUGGAGCAGGGAGACCAGAGGCAGGAGCAGCAUCACGGGGACACCCUGGCCCAGUACACCCUCCUGAGGGAGCAGCUGGACAGCCAGACGGACAGGGACAGCCUGGGUCUCUGGGUCUCUGGCUUGCUGGAGCACAGGAUCACCCUGCUGAGAGGAGAGUUGGAGCAGCAGGAGGCCUCACACAGGGCACAGACUGAAGAGCAGAGGGUUCAGCAGCAGCAGAGUCAGGAGACACGGCUGGCUGAGCUGGAGGGGCUGCUGCAGGUCCUCGCUACUAAAACUGAGGCGGUGCAACAGAAACGGGAACAGCGGAAGGAGGAGACAGAGGAGACAGCCACACCAGCCCCUGCCUCUGUCCCUGUCAGUGUGGGUGUGGACCAGGAGGCCCAUGCUGCUUUGCUGGCGGAGGUGCAGAGGCUGGAGGGGGAGCUGGGUCGGAUCAGGGGCGACCUGCAGGGGGUGAUGGGAUGUCAGGGGAAAUGUGAGCAGCUGAACACAAUCCAGGAAACGGUGUCUACCCAGGUGUCCGCCCAGGUGAGGCGGGAGCUGCGGGCCCUGUUCUACGGCUCUGUCGACCAGACCCACCAGGGAGAACCAGACAUCCCCGAGGGUCUCCUCCAGUGGCUAUCGUCGCGCUACGUGAACGGGGCCGACCUGCAGGCCCUCCUGACCAACCUGGAGUUCAGCAUCCUGAGGAACGUGUCGCUGCAGCUGGAGCAGAGCAGGGCCGAGGCCCGGACGGAGGCUGAGGCGAGGGCUGCAGUCAUCACCACCCAGACCCAGGCUAUUACACAGAGUGUCCAACACACCGCCGUGGGCAGGGGCCUGUCCGAGGAGCAAGUGCAGCUGAUCGUCCAGAAUGCCCUGAAACUCUACUCCCAGGAUAGGACGGGCCUAGUGGACUACGCCCUGGAGUCUGGAGGCGGUAGCAUCUUAAGCACGCGCUGCUCGGAGACGUACGAGACAAAGACGGCCCUCAUGAGUCUGUUCAGCGUGCCCCUCUGGUACUUCUCCCAGUCACCCCGUGUCGCCAUCCAGCCUGAUAUGUAUCCAGGGAACUGCUGGGCGUUUAAAGGUUCUCAUGGUUACCUGGUCAUCCGGUUGUCCCUGAGGAUCCUCCCCACAGCCUUCUGUCUGGAGCACAUCCCCAAGGCCCUGUCCCCUACCGGCAACAUUACCAGCGCCCCGCGCAACUUCACUGUCUACGGUCUGGAUGAUGAGUAUCAGGAGGAGGGAAAGCUGUUGGGUCAAUACACCUACCAGGAGGACGGAGACUCAAUGCAGAACUUCCCUGUCAUGGAGAAGAACGAAAGGGCCUUCCAGAUCAUCGAGGUGCGGGUGCUGACCAACUGGGGUCACCCCGAGUACACCUGCCUCUACCGCUUCAGAGUCCACGGAGAACCACGCAUCCAGUGAGGGAGGAUGGCGGCCAUUUGACCUGCCAGUCAACAGAGAAAUGCAUAUCAUCCUAUCUGUAUAUAGUACUGGACAUAUUUUUCUAAAUGGAGGGGGCUGGGAAUAACCGAGACUUAUAUAGACGAGUGACUUCAGAAGUGUGGGGAUGGGUGUUUGAUUUAUGCUAGAAUGUGUCCAAGGGGAGUUUUGUUUUACUCAGUAUUGAAAUGGUGAAAGAAUGAACUGUAAUGAAAUGUCAGGGAAUGUGAAAGAGAAGAGAAGAGUGAAGGUAGAAGAAGCUCGGUCCCAGUCCCUCCUUCUUAAACCUGCUCUUGCACUGAAUUAGCCCUCCAGGUCAAAACCCUUUGGUUUUUGGAGGAUCGUUUUCCUCUGUCGCUCUCACACAACCACAGGAGUCUGUGACCUCGAGAUGGAAACGGACUACACACAUCUUUUUUUAUUUCCUUACACAUCCUAUCUGAUUUGGUUGUUGUUUUAAUCAGGUGUUAUUUUGAAUUGGAUGUUUCUUUGGAGGCCCCUUGUGGAUUCUGAUGGAAUUUCAGGAUCAAAGCCACAGAACUGGAUCAAAGCCACAGAACUGGGCCUAAAUGACGUUUGUAUAGGCCUCACACACACUGGGCCUACAUGACACUGUAUAGGCCUCAAUUCUCUUGAUACAAAGCUACUGUUCUCUGCUGCUGUUGGUUGGUCAGUCUGCAGGGCCAGCUAACGUGGUCAGUGGACACUCGCCAGACACAGACCGGACUGCUACCGUUCUUUGGACUCAACAACACUACCGUUCGCCAUGAUUUUAUGCAUCCACACACAGCCAUCAAAACUAACCUCUAUCUCUCUCCUAUAGAAAAUGUUACACACAUGGACGGACUUUUAAUGAGUUGAUACAUGUGUAUCUCAAGUUAAGAUUUGGUCUUGAAGCUCUGUGGAGUCCAGACUGGAGUGUUAAUGAGAGUGAGACUGACAGCCAAUGGUUUGGCUUCUUCUAGUGCAGCGAGCCAAUGGUUUGGCUGCUCCUUGCACAGUCAUUAUAACGUCCUCUACUAGAGCUUCUACUCUGGAAAAGAGGAUCCUUGGGAUGUCCCAACGCUGACAUCACCCCAUUGAAGUUCAGGUUAGGGUUAGGAUAGAGGUUAGAGUUUAGGGUAGGGCCAUCCCAAGGAUCCCGGAUAGCGCAUAAUCCCUUCUACUCCCUGCAGGAAUGUAAUCUGUAUAUUUCAUUGUUAAUAGUUGGUCCUUUUUUAAGAAUUAGAUUUUUAUCAGUGUUGCUUUAUGAAAAAAGGGUACACCUUGUCAAUAUUUCUAUAAUUUGUAUUACCCAUUGUAAGUGUAAUUAUGUUUGACUUUUACCAUUUUUAGUUGAGAAUAAGGACAAAUGAUGCCUGUAAAUUAAAUGUGUGUUGCACAAGUCCUCACAAUUUGUGGGAAAAACUAGAUGGGGUCUAGAUGGGGUAGCUAUAAAUGAGUUUUGUGUGGACCAGAAAGUCUAAAUGUACAAAAAAAUGAUUUCAUGAUCCUAUUUAUUUUUAAGAUAAUUAGUUACUGCAAGAUAGGACUGCAUUGUAUUUUUAUCAAACAGCUUUUCAGUGAAUUUGGGAACAUCUUGGGACAGUACAGAUUUGUUUUUCACUUGUUUUUAAAUGUUUUUUUGUUGUUUUGUUGCUGCUGUCAUCCUGAGAUGGCUAAACCGCAUUUUAGAAUAUAUUCCUAAAGAAUUACAUUUUGAGAGCUUUUAUGCAUGUGAUAUUUUACCUAAUAAAGACUAUUGUUUUUUUAUUUAAAA